AUGACUGAACAAGGAAUUUUACAUGCGUUUUCAUUAAUUGAUACUGACAAUGAUGGGAUAAUCACAAUUGAAGAUCUUGAAAGAUAUUCUAUGAAAAGUACAGUGGCAGAUGAUUUUGUACCAAAGUGGAAAAAGUUAUUUGAUGAGGACAAUACUGGUGAAAUAACAUUUAUUCAUUUUUGUGAUGUUCUUGGUAUCAGCAAAAAGAAAAGAGACGAAAUACUUAAAGAAAGAAACAUAGUAAUUCCAGAUUCAAUACCUAAACCAAUCGUCUACUCAAGCAACCUAAAUCCAGAGAUGCAGCAAAAAAUAUUGAGAAUUAUAAAAUAUGGAUGGAAUAAACAAAAUGAUCAUUCCAAUUUAUAUGAAAUAACUGUACAAUGUGAUCGUGAGUUCGGUUCACGUUGGAGAGGACGUGUUAUCAACAAUACACAACCAGUAAAAGAAGCAGUUAAGGGAAAAUAUCUGGUGUUCAGUUGUGAUAAUGGAAAAACCAUAUGGUGCCUUUGGUUAGGAAAUGACGAAAAAGACAGAUCCGUAGGAUGUUGUUGCUGUUAA